ACCAUUUUGCAAUUUAUCAUUAUUUUCAUCUCUAUUAUCAUCGCCACCACCACGACCACCACCACCGUUUAUCCUCAGUCUCCACCGUCAUCCUCUCCGGCGAGACACUCACACAUACACAUGGCCACCUGUAAAUUCCUCUGCCGGUAUUCUCUCUCUUUUCUAGAACUCAGUACAACACGCAUUGGAACUUGUACUCCGUCGUUGCACUUUUCCGGCCACCGUCUUCUCUUUCGCAGCUCAGGGUUUAAACUUAAGUCCAACCGUCACUCCACAAGACCAUACGGUGUCGUUUCAGUUGAAUCCGUUGACGAUAGUUAUACAAGUCCGGAUGAAGAUGAAGUUAAACAAACUAGUGUUGGAGAUUUGAUAUGGAGAAACUCAAAUGAUGAUGUAACGAGUUUUAUGAAGAUGGAGCGGGCGAUUGAGCCUCGGUCCAAUACUCGGUUUCCGUAUUUGGAUAAGUUUAAGACUGGAAGCUCGUUUUUGAGUAGUCGAGAGGUGUUGGAUGCGGUUGAGCCGUCGUUGAUGGAGCUUAGGAAGGAGAGGUUUAGGAAUGUUGUUAACAAUCGGACGUACUCCGUGUGUCUGGUGGUCGAAGGAUUGUCGGAUGCGGGGAAUGUUUCUGCUGUGUUUCGUUCGGCAGAUGCGUUGGGGUUUCAAUCUGUUCAUGUGGUGGCAUUAGACAGCAGGAAAAGGUAUAGAGAGCAUCGUCAUGUUAGUAUGGGAGCUGAGAAGUGGUUGGAUAUUGAGCUUUGGGAUACCACUGAAGAGUGCUUUGACGUUUUGAAGUCACGUGGUUAUCGCAUUGCUACAACACAUUUGGGGAUGGAGACGGUUUCUGUUUAUGAUAUGGAUUGGUCACAGCCUACUGCUAUAGUCGUUGGAAAUGAGGGCAGGGGGAUUAGUGAAGAAGCUUUAAAAUUGUCAGAUAUGCAUUGUAGUAUUCCAAUGAAAGGAAUGGUGGACUCGUUCAACGUAUCUGUUGCUUCUGGGAUACUGAUGCACCAUGCCGUCUGUGAUAGAACUACACGGCUGGGUGCUCACGGUGAUCUGACAUCAGAAGAAAAGCAAAUAUUACUUGCUGAGUUUUCUCUACGACAUAGCAGGAGUUCAAUCAGCAUUGCCCAUGAGUACGCCAAGCGUAAGAUCGCAGCUUCACCCAAACUCUGAGCAUUAGUCUUUCUCAUCAUUCGGAUAAUUAUCAUACUGGACACUAUUUGUUGAACUUUACAGUUUUGGACUUGUGAAUUGUGAUUGAUGUACCUUUUUUCUGGCCCAAUAUGAAUACUUAAGUAACAUA